UACCAUACAUUACGUUUUCUUUCAGACGUCAAACGGGCGCAACGCGUAAAAAUAAAAAGCAAUUUUAUUGCGUAAAUUCAGUUCCGAGCAAAAUGAAUUCCGUCGCGCGAGCUGGGCACUUGGCUCCAUACUUUAAAGCUACUUCCCCUGUCGUUGCCAAUGGACUGAAACCCCUCGUAGUGGCUCUGACUCCGGCCGACAAACUGGUGUCCCAGCCCCUUCCCAAGACUUCCACCACACAGGCAUUACAUGGAGCCUUGCCUGUCCAGAACUUGAAGGUCAAACAUGGACCUCGUAUGGUUCAAGUGCGUUUCGCUCACACGGAUAUCGCGUAUCCCGAUUUCUCUGCGUACCGUCGCAAGGAGACGCUGGACCCUACGUCUAAGGCAGCAGAGAAUGUCGAUGGACGCCAAUCAUUCACCUACCUUAUUGCUGGAGCGGGUAGUGUUGCCGGUGCUUAUGCGGCCAAGUCUGUCGUCACACACUUUGUCUCGUCCAUGGCAGCGGCUGCUGAUGUACUUGCGUUAGCCAAAAUUGAAAUCAAGCUGGCUGAGAUUCCUGAAGGAAAGUCUGUUACUUUCAAGUGGCGUGGUAAGCCACUCUUCAUUCGCCACAGAACAGCCAAUGAGAUAGCCACAGAGAAGGCAGUACCAGUCGACCAGCUGCGAGACCCCCAACACGAUGACGUCCGUACCCAAGACCCCAAGUGGUUAGUUGUUAUCGGAGUAUGCACACAUCUGGGCUGUGUACCGGUCGCCAACUCUGGUGACUUCGGAGGCUACUACUGCCCCUGCCACGGAUCCCAUUAUGAUGCUUCUGGAAGAAUCCGCAAAGGCCCGGCCCCACUUAACCUUGAAGUGCCACCAUACUCAUUUCUCGACGACGGUAUCCUAGUUGUAGGUUAAACGAAACGUUAUCUAAUUAUUUAUUAGAAAAUUUAUUUAUCACUAAGAAUAAUAUGUAACAGCAUUAGACAUCAAACCGAUACCAAUAAAUGUGAUUUAAUUAUUAACUA